CACAUACUUUUGCCUUGACUCCUGGUUAGUAAAUACUUGUGGCGGCGCCUCCAUCUGUCAAAGGUCCAGGGGCUCAGUAUUUGGUAAUUGGUUGCUGGAGAUAAUCUCUGGAUAAUCGGCUUAAUGUUCCCAGGGUAUAAAUACAGGAUGAGGCGGUGGAGCCUCCGGAAAAACGGUGUAAAGCGCAUGGAGAAGUGUUCCUGAACGUGGAGCACAACACAGCCAGAUAUGAAUUCCAGCUCCCCAGCAGCCAGCGCCUUGGCCCCCGUAAACACUAAUGGGGGUCCCACCACACCUCGUAAGGGGCCUCCCAAAUUCAAGCAGAGACAGACCCGGCAGUUCAAGAGCAAACCACCAAAGAAGGGAGUUAAAGGGUUCGGAGAUGAUAUUCCCGGCAUGGAAGGACUUGGAACAGACAUCACGGUCAUCUGCCCCUGGGAGGCCUUCAGCCACCUCGAGCUGCACGAGCUGGCCCAGUUCGGCAUCAUCUAAGAGUUCUCCUGACAACAUCAAGUGAAGAAGAGCAAGAAAUUAUAAUCAACAUCUGCUACUAAACCGACACCGGCCGCCCCGUGGGACUGAAUCCUCAGGAGAGAAGUCCUCGGGAUGGAUAAUAAAAAAAUAAAUUGUCACCAUGACGAUAAUAAUUGGAGACCCCCCCCCCAUAAUGAACUGAGCGCUAAUAGAAUUGAUAUUAUGUUGUGUUCCCGCAGCAGCCGCCAUCUUGAUUGCUCUAGAAAUGUUUCCGUUUUGUUCUAGGAAAUGUAGUUUUUGCAAGAACAGCAGAGGCCGUCCGGCGUGAAGUGACAGAGCAGAGACGACUAAGGGAUGGCAUCAGGAUAUAAGAGGAAGAAUGCAGGAUGGACUAGGAGUUAUAAUGUUAUAUAGAGAAUAAGAAAACUGAACAGGAAUGAAGCAAAUAAUAAGAAUCAGUCAGUGUAAUAUAAUAACUAUAAUGUGAUCAUGAAAACAAUAUAAUAGUUUAGUUAAGGUUCUGACUAAUGGAGAUUCUUCCUGUAGGUCGGAAAGUAGAGAAUCAGGUUUCCUCCCGUUCUGGUUAUACAGUUCCUCUGCAUGCCCCUGUGUCUCCAUGGUUACAGACUACAAACAAACAUCAUGUAGUCUGAUCAAACUAAAAGGCCAUUAUCAGUGCGCUGCAGGCUCUUCUUCUUCAUCUCAGAUUUUUAGAAAAUGUUUAAUCUUUGGAUUUUGUAAAAAUAUUCUUGAAAAUAAACCAAACA